GCCACAGCAAUUGUCCGGUGUCUUCAUCUUCCGCGUUCUCCUUCCUCGCCCGCUACGUUUGUCGCGCAUCAGCUAAUCUGUCCGUGUGUCUGUCUGUCUGUCUGUCUGUCUGUCGGCAAGAUGAGUGGGAUGAAGUUUUGCUCCGAGUGCCGCAACCUGCUGGAUCCCGAGGAGGAUAAGGAGCGGCGGCAGCUGGUCUUCAGGUGCAAGCGGUGCAACAUCAAGGAGGCCACCGACCCAGACAGCGCCGCGGAGAACACUAUCGAGCGGCGCAACAUCAACUACGAGUCCAAGGAGGAGGUCUUCAUCCGAAGAGAGAUCGUUGAGGACAACACACUCAGCAGAACCAAAGACCACGAGUGCCCAAAAUGCAGGUGGGUGGAUGAGACGAACAUCCAACAUGCUGCGCACAGGGAGAGAGAUGGCUUUUGCGUGUGUGUGUAUGUGUGUGGUUCAGGUAUCGAGGAGCGGUGUUCUUUCAGCUGCCCGAGAAGAGCACCGACCAGGCCAUGACGCUGGUCUUUGUGUGCGAGAACUGCGGACACUGGGUCAGGGGGGGCAGGGACUGACUGACCAAUUGCGAUUGACUGACUGACUGUCUGAUUGACCGAGAGUGACUGACUGGUUGACCUAUUUGUCAGAAUCACGAGGUAGCUUUUAUCCGAUAAGCACCGUUCAAGUGGUUUUUCCGUGGCGUGGCGUGUCAUGCGACAUGAUGAGAUUAGACCAUCAGUGAUCGAUCGGUUGAUUCAUCACGCGAACACUGAACGUCCCAGACAGACAGACACUCACAUUGAUUGAGUUCUGUU